AUGGACAUAACAAGGUUCAAUCAGGUACUAAAUCUCGGGAUAUAUCUCAGGAUAAGAUUGAAAACUGGUGAUCUCGAUUGUCUCGAUUCGGACUGGGAAGAAGCCGAUGACAAAACAGACACUUCCAGAAAUACGAUUGGGGUAGUCACUAAAAGGAAAUUACCGAUUCACGAAAUGACUUUCAAGAAAAAGACGAAGAUUGACAGAGUUACCCCUCCGCAGAUCCCAGAAAGGUUGAGUCUACAAUAUAAAACCGAGAACAGCGUUUAUCUACCACCUACACCCAUUUCAGCUUUUCCUAGACUUUUAGCAGAUGGUCAAGCAUUCCCUCUCGAUACUUCUAAAGGACACAACGGAAGAUCGUCUCUUUCACCUGAUCUGGCGUCUUGCUCCACCGAUCAGAAGGACAAGCCAUCUACGACUCACGUCUGUCAAAUUCUCGCUAGAGAGAUAUACGAUCAUCCUGACGAAGCAUUGAUUUCGAUAAGUAAGAGGUUGGAAACGCGAUAUCAAGGUAGGAAGUGGUAA